CUUGAAUCCUGAUGAGCAAAAGAGAAGAUGAUCUGGGGCUGACGAUAUAGGAAUGCGAUCUCUGGGUCCCGGAGCACCCUCCACCGAGUACUUCCCGUUCUACGCUAUGAACUUGGAAGUGGGCUCAACGAAUGCCUUCGCGACCGUGGGUAAGGAAGCCCCUGCUUCGACGACAACAAUAUACGCAGGGAAACACGACAGUUCCUCGGGACUCAGUACCUAUGACCUUGCCAUCGCGCUGCAAUACGGCCAGGGCACUGGUUCGGCACAAUUAGUAAAAUUUAUGAGUGAUCAUGUCAAUAUAUGUGGUCCACAACACCCUCCCUACAGGAACUGGAAAUGUAUUCUUAGCGUGGGUACCACCUCGGCCUUUGAAAUAGUUCCCAAAAUGCUUGCAAAACCCGGUGACUACCUAUUGGUCGAGCAGCACACAUACACAACCGUCUUUGAGACAAGUCUUCCUCUCGGCAUCAAAUUCGCCCAAGUACGCAUAGACAAAGACGGCCUCACGCCCAACGAUUUGGACGACAUUCUCACAAACUGGGACGAAACCGUCCGUGGAAGCAAAAAGCCCUCUCUUCUUUACACCGUCCCGACAGGCCAGAACCCCUGCGAGAUAACCCAGCCACUCCCUCGAAGGCAGGAGAUCUACCGCGUCGCUCAAAAGCACAACCUGUUCAUUGUGGAAGAUGACCCUUAUUAUUUUAUCCAGCCGUGGUUGUACAAGACGGUUAAUCAGGCCACUGAGCAUCCCACAUCAGUGGACGAUUACGUCAAGGCACUAGUCCCUAGCUACCUCAGCAUCGACGUCGACGGUCGCGUACUGCGUAUGGACCCGUUCUCGAAGAUCAUCGCACCGGGCGCCCGCAUGGGCAGGGUGACGGCGAGUGAGCAGGUCAUUGAGCGGAUGGUGCGCGCGCAUGAGGUAUCGGUGCAGAAUCCCAGUGGGUUCUCGCAGAUUGCGGUAUUCAAGCUACUGCAUGAUAGCUGGGGCCAUUUGGGGUUUGUGCAGUGGUUGGCACAUCUACGAGGGGAGUAUAUCAAGAGGCGGGAUGUGCUUUUUGAGGCUUGUGAGCUCUUCUUGCCGAGGGAGAUUUGCGGAUGGGUUCCGUCUACGGCAGGAUUUUUUCAUAAUAAGGCUGGGCUAAUAUCUUCGCUGCAGAUCGAAAAGGAGAUACAUAGUGCAGCAAUUGAUGCUGGCACGCUUGUUGUUCCUGGGAGCUGGUUCCUUCCUGAUGAGGGACGGAGUGGGAUGGAUGAGGUGUUCUUUCGGAUAACCUAUGCUGCUGCUUCUACGGAUGAUAUAAGGGAGGCAAUUAAGAGGUUUGGGGCUGCUCUACGGAGGGUGUUUUAUUUGCAGAGCCAGGGUAAGCUCGGGCAGACUGAUUCGGGUCAUCAGUUACAGAAGCUCUCAGGAAAAAUAAGUCCCCGUAGCGCCAUAAGGUCUGUUAGCAAUUAG